AAGAUGCCAAAAGGGAAGAAGGCCAAGGGCAAGAAGGUGGCCCCGGCGCCAGCCGUCGUGAAGAAGCAGGAGGCCAAGAAGGUGGUGAACCCCCUGUUCCAGAAGCGGCCCAAGAACUUCGGCAUCGGCCAGGACAUCCAGCCCAAGAGGGACCUCACCCGCUUCGUCCGGUGGCCGCACUACAUCCGGCUGCCGCGCCAGCGCGCCAUCCUGUACAAGCAGCUGAAGGUGCCGCCUGCCAUCAACCAGUUCACCCAGGCCCUGGACCGGCAGACAGCCCCCCAGCUGCUGAAGCUGGCCCACAAGUACCGGCCCGAGACGAAGCAGGAGAAGAAGCAGAGGCUGCUGGCGCGGGCCGAGAAGAAGGCUGCCGGCAAAGGGGACGUCCCCACCAAGAGGCCGCCUGUCCUCCGCGCGGGGAUCAACACCAUCACCACUCUGGUGGAGAACAAGAAGGCUCAGCUGGUGGUGAUCGCACAUGACGUGGACCCCAUUGAGCUUGUGGUCUUCCUGCCAGCCCUGUGCCGGAAAAUGGGGGUCCCCUACUGCAUCAUCAAGAGCAAGGCCCGGCUGGGGUGCCUGGUGCACAGGAAGACCUGCACCACCGUCGCCUUCACACAGGUGAACUCGGAAGACAAAGGAGCCUUGGCUAAGCUGGUGGAAGCCAUCAGGACCAACUAUAAUGAUAGGUUUGACGAGAUCCGCCGCCACUGGGGUGGCCAUGUGCUGGGCCCCAAGUCGGUGGCCCGAAUCGCCAAGCUAGAAAAGGCCAAGGCCAAAGAACUCGCCACCAAGCUGGGCUAG